AUGACACAGAGCGUCGGAGUCAAUUUGGAUCAAGUCAAACAUAUUGUUGAUUUAGUAAAAGAAUCUGAAAAAGCGGUAGACAAAAUUCCCCCAAAACAAUUCAUAGCAAAGUUAGUAGAAUUGGGCGUGAAGAAUGUGAGAGAUUGGAAAUACGAAGCAGGUACGACAGACGGCCAAAAAACACAAAGUGUAAUGGUAUAUCUGGCCAAAAACAACAAAACCGAUGACAAAUGGGUGACCAGAAGUUUAUCAUCCCAAGAAGUAAUAGUGUUCUUAAGCCUGUUCACAUAUAAUGACAAACAUGGCUCCAUUGAAGAUGGUCUGCUUAACCCAGAUGAAGUAAAAAGUGUCAUUCAAGCUUUAAAAUUAAAUCAAGCCGGGAAAAGAAGUUUGGAGUGGUUUUUCCAAGGUGACGAAACGGUUAAUUUCGCGGAGUUCUUAUUUGGCUUUUUGACAGUAAAAGAAAGAGGCAUAGACGGAUUAGACCGGGGGCUAGACAUGAAUCAGAUUACAUUUCUGAGCAAUAAUAUACUACAAAACAAAAAUUACGAUUUCAUUCCAUCCGCAAAUAUAAUAACGUUCAUCGAUUGGUUACGAAUAGUUGUUGGCCAGCAUGAUGAAUGGAAAUUUGAACGCUUUCAAAAGUGGCCCUUAGAGAUGCAAGAGCUGGUGGUUGUUUCAGCAGAAUACAACACAACGGCCAACGAUAAAAAAGGAGUCAUUCCUGCCUUUGAAGUUAGAGGUUAUGUAUGGCGAUUCGCUGCUCACGAUAAAAACCUUGACGGGUUUCUCAGUGGGGUUGAACUUGACGAGGUUGUCAAGUGUACGCAAUUCGAAGGAGAAACUGUUUCAUCUCUUAUGGACGGCGAUAGCAGUGGCGACAAAAAACUUGACAUUUUGGAGAUUUUUGCCUUGCUAAUUAAGAAGCUUAAGCAGUAAAAAGUUUUAUGAGGUUUUGCUGAAUACGUAUAUUUUUUGGGAGUGCUUUAAUUAUGG